AGGCCCCGCAGGGAGGGCGGCGCACGCGGGAUGCCGCGCAGGUCGACCUUAAAGGAGCCGGCGAGGCCAGCGCGCGGCCCCCGCGGCUUCCUGGCUGCUAUUCCCGGCUAAGCCAAGAGGAUGGCCUUCCCUGUGGAUUUGCUGGAUAACUGCACACAUGAGGAAUUGGAAAAUUCUGCUGAGGAUUACCUUUCCAACUUAAGGUGUGGGGACCCUGAAAAUCCAGAGUGUUUUUCUAUUCUCAAUAUUACGAUCCCUAUCAGCCUGUCAAAUGUGGGCUUUGUGCCUCUCUAUGGUGGCACCCAGACCCAGAAAGUUCUUGCUCUCUUUGCACCUGAGGAUUCGCUCACAGCUGUGGCACUUUACCUUGUUGACCAGUGGUGGGCCAUUGAUGAUAUUGUGAAAACAUCUGAACCUUCCAGAGAGGGGCUAAAGCAGGUGAGCACUCUCGGAGAAAGAGUGGUUCUGUAUGUUCUCAACCGAGUUAUUUAUAGAAAACGGGAAAUGGAGAGAAAUGAGAUCCCAUUCCUGUGCCAUAGCAGUACUGACUAUGCUAAGAUUCUGUGGAAGAAAGGAGAGGCUGUUGGGUUUUACUCAGUUAAGCCUACAGGAAGCUUAUGUGCCUCAUUUCUUACUCAGAGUUACCAACUACCAGUUCUUGAUACAAUGUUUAUAAGAAAGAAAUACAGAGGAAAAGAUUUGGGACUUCAUAUGCUAGAGGACUUCGUGGAUUCCUUUACAGAGGAAGCGCUUGGCUUGCGGUAUCCGCUGUCUUCUCUCAUGUACACAGCUUCCAAGCAAUACUUUGAAAAGUAUCCAGGAGAUCAUGAACUUCUUUGGGAAGUUGAAGGGGUGGGUCAUUGGCAUCAGCGGAUACCAGUCUCCAGAGCAUUACAGAGAGAAGCAAUUAAAGUUACAGAGAUUUCUCAAUAUGAAGCUAAAAGGCCUGUAUCUGAAGAAUAUGCUCUUGCUACAGUACCAGAAUAUGAGCCUGGAAUGGGAGAUGAUCAGUCUAGUGAGAUGCAGAUCCAUUCCUUAAAAGAUGCCUUUGCUAGUACUUCUGAAGGUCCAGAAAAGACUCCUGUUUCUACUCGAACUCGAAGUAGUCAUCUAAAGCGACCAAAGAUUGGCAAGCGGUUUCAGGAUUCUGAAUUUAGUGGAUCUCAGGGUGAAGAUGAAAAUCCUGCUCAGACUUCACCUAUGGCUUCAAUAAGCAAACUAGAGUGUACUGCACGAACCUCAGAGAGCUCAGAAGAAAUCCUGGAAGAAGACCCCGAGCAGAGAGUGGUUGAGUUUGAAGAUGAAAACAGUGAGAAGGAUGGGCAGCCUGCACAGGAAACUCAGCCAUCCCUGGAGAAACACGAUGGUGACAAAGACUCUGCAUUAGAGCCUGUGAAUGGUGAAGUAGUGGGUGAUGCCCUUAAGGCCUCACUUGUACCUGAAGAGGAGGGCUCCACCAGUGAAGGUCUAGAAGAAGAGUUAAAAGUCCCGUCUUUUAAUUCCAGUGAAGAGACGGUGAAUGCUGGUCCACCAGCGGCCGACUCUCCAAAAGCUCCCGAGGCUGCCGCAGACAAGAUUUUACCUGUUUCUGACUCAGAAACAUUGACAGAUCAAGACCCAUCUAAUGAUAAAGGGAAUACCGAAGAGAAGCUGUCCCUAGUUUCAAAAAAGAAGAUACAUUUGGGGAGCUCAGACAAUGUUGCCACUCUGUCAAAGGAAGAGAAGUCUGAGAGCAGUUUUCCGAAUUCUGCAGGAGCAGACUUUCCUGAAGAGCCAGUCUCUGAGAAUUUGUCACCCAACACUACUUCCUCACUGGAGGAUCAGGGGGAAGAAGGUGUCCCGGAGGCCCAGGAAACGGCGACUGCUCAGAGCUCUCUGAUAGAGGUAGAACUUGAAGAUGUGCCAUUUCCACAGAAUGCAGGACCGAAGAACCAGUCAGAGGAGCAGUCUGAAGCAUCUUCUGAGCAGCUGGACCAGUUUACACAGUCAGCUGAGAAAGCUGUGGAUAGCAGCUCUGAGGACAUAGAAGUGGAGGUUCCCGUAGUAGACAGGCGGAAUUUGAGAAGAAAGGCCAAAGGGCAUAAAGGACCUGCCAAGAAGAAAGCCAAACUAUCGUGA